GUUCGAUAUUUGAAAAUUAAUUGAAGAAAAGUGCGUUGGAAUUUUAUUUUAUAAAUAUAAAAAUGGAAAAAAUGGAAGAGAUUUUAUGGAAAGAUAGUAAUAUAUUUUAUAACAUUUUAUGUUUUUUAAUUACUGAAAACGAGAAGUUAUUUGAUAGGAGUGAUUCUAAAUUGUAUUGGUUAACGGUUUAUCAUUUGUUCGGGGUUUUGCAUAAUGCUUAUAUUACUAUUUUUGCGGCUGGCUUAGAUAUUAGAAGCAGCGAUAUUGUUGAAAUCGACAAUUUGUAUAGAUAUAGGGCUGGAUACCUUACCGGAUGGAAUUUUCUGUUCCAAACGAUCUUCCUCACGAUGUCUCUGGUGUACGACCUGAUGGAGUGGUUCGACCGCCACGAGACCAGCCUGGGGAAGAAGCUGAGGUUCUGUCGAGAUGUCAUGUUCUCAGGGCUUGUGGUGCCGCUGACGCUGUUCAUCUCCACAAUGUUCUGGACACUCUUCUGGAUCGACCGGGAGCUGGUCUUCCCAGUAGUCUACGACCAACUGGUGCCGUGGUGGUUCAACCAUUGCGUUCACACCAAUAUUGCUAUAGUGCUACUGAUCGAGACUGUACUGCAGGCUAGGAGACAUCCCACGCAUUAUAAACUGGAGUUAUGGCUGACUGGUGGCGCUGGAGUGCUUUAUGCUAUCGUGUACUACUCAAUCUUCUUCUUCGCGCACCGCUGGCUUUACGCUGUCUUCGGCAUCAUGACUUGGUGGCAGGUCUGUCUUUACCAGAUCCUCAUCUGGACUUCCACCUUCGUGUUCUACUACAUCCAGUUCCCGAUCAACCGGAUCUUCCACAGAGAAGAUGUAGAAGACCAGAAACAAGUAACCCAGGAACAAAAAUCCGGAAUUCAAAAUGGCGGAUUCACGGAACAAACAAAUGAUAGUGUCUUAAAACAUCGGUCGAAGAAUCAAAUUGAAAGUUCGAGUUUCUGAUUGGUUUUGGUGUUUAUUUGGUAUAUGUUAUGAAGAUGGUUGGCCCACCAUUAGUUUUUUAGGUCAGGUUUUGGAACAAUGUUGGGCAAGUUGAUAAGACAAGAAUUUUACAUAUCAUGGGACAAUUGAGCUUUUCAAACAAAGAACAUAUAAUAGCGAGAUUCCACCAAAAUUGUUCGCGGACAGAAAAUAUCUUCGGGUCAACGCGAGUCCACAGCUAGCAUGUGUUCGCGCGGCGGUUGCAGUGUCGCAGACAUGUUAGUAAUGUUCGCACGCAAUGUGUUACUGUUUGCUGCAGCGAGUACACCACGAGAUACAUUUAUGGAGUCUUGCGAGAUUGAACACCUGGUUUGCUCAUUUUUGUGUGUUUCUCCAGAUCAUGAAAUCCAGGUUUUUCCAGAGAAUAUUAUCAUAUAACAGGGUGGUAUAGCUUAGAUUUUAAUAAUGACAUUGAAUAAGUCACAAUCAUGAUUCAAACCUGCUAUAUGAGAAAUGAAAGCGGGUAUUUUAACCAAUGGGCUAUUCAAUAAAUCUUGCCUUUUUAGAGCCCUAAUAUGGCUGUGAUUUCUUCAACAAAAUUAAGCCCUAAUAGCCUAAGAAAUGGUGAAAUUUUUUGACAAUAUAUCAUUCGACUUUUGUGAAAAUAAAAUGUUAUAAAUAUAUUAUUUUUAGAUCCAGAUUGUGAUAAUGUCUGGUUUUAAAUAGGUUAUUCAUUUUAAUAGCAAAAUUGUCUUAGUUAUUAUUGAUUAUAAGUUAGUUUAUAAUGUUAAGUGAAAUGCAAUAUUAUUUUUAUAUUCUGAAUGUGUCAACUAUAAUUUUUAAAUAAUAAUUCCAAUACUUAUACUAUUAUUUUUUCAAAAUUAAUGUUCAAAACCGAAAUCGGGCUCAAAGUUAUAAAAAAGGCGCCAAUGAAUGUAUGUUUUUUUUUGGUGCAGUUAAAAGUGCUGUCAGUUAGUACAAAAUAUGCAAAUAGCACAUCUUUUCACUUGCGCAAAAAUUUCGGUGCCACUGGCCGACAAGCUUGCCAUACAGUUUGUCUGAAUAAGAAUCAAAUAAUAUGUUCUAGACAAGAUAUAAGUAUAGAAAACUAGGCUGGAUAUUCUGUAAGGCGAUUUUUUAUCAUAUAUAAGUUGUAACCAAAGUAAAUUUUAUUAAUGAAUGGUCUAAAAACUAUAAAUUAAAUCAAUGUUUGAAAUGAAAUGGAAAUGCAAAAUGCACCUUUUAUCUAUUACAAUCGUUUUUCAAAAUGUUCAGCGUAAUAUUAGUUAAUAUUUUACAAUGUACGAUUUGUUAUUAAGUUAAAAUAUAGAACAAUUUUAAUUUUA